AUGGCUUCUGAGUUGGAACAGAUGGAUGCGAUAUUAGAUAAGUUUGUUCUCGAUGAUGACACCCUUUUCAAAGUUUCUUCAUUGUUACUGCAACAAAUGGAAAGAGGCUUGAGCGCAGAACAUAAUAGUAUUGCUACUGUAAAGAUGUUCCCUACUUAUGUUACUUCAUUUCCCAAUGGCAAAGAAACAGGUAGAUUUCUUGCAUUAGAUUUGGGUGGAAGUAACUUCCGAGUUUUGACCAUAGAGAUGCAAACUGACGUAAAAAUUGCUGGUAAUAUUUAUAGCAUACCUGAAGAAAUCAUGAAAGGGCCUGGAAAUAAGCUCUUUGACUUUAUUGUAAAUUGCUUGGAGAAAUUGUUAUUGGACGUUGAUCAGAUUAAAGAUACAUUACCACUCGGUUUUACUUUCAGCUUCCCCUGUGUACAACAUUCUUUAACAAGUGCAACUCUUGUAUUUUGGACAAAAGGAUUCGAAUGUUCAGACGUAGAAGGAAGAGAUGUCGUUCAACUACUCAACGAUGCCAUUCAACGUAGCGGGAAAAUCAGUGUCGAAGUGAUUGCUUUUGUCAAUGACACCACAGGUACUCUGACAACUUGUGCUUAUAAGGACGAAAACUGCAAAGUAGGUUUAAUAGUUGGGACAGGUUGUAAUGCUUGCUACGUGGAAGACACAAAAAACAUUCACACAUUACAGCCUGGUUAUGAGGAUCGGGAAAAAAUGAUUGUGAACACUGAGUGGGGUGCAUUCGGCGAUGAUGGUUGCCUGGAUUUUUUGAGAACGAAAUUUGAUAAGGAAAUUGACAAGGAGUCGUGCAACAAGGGAAAGCAAGUGUUCGAGAAGAUGAUUUCUGGUAUGUACAUGGGAGAAAUCGUUCGAAAAGUUUUAGUUGAGUUUGACGAGAAAGGACUGAUUCCACAGAGAUUGCCCAAUAGAGUUAGAGAGCAAGGUUCAUUCAAGAGCAAAUAUGUUUCUCACAUUGAAGAAGAUGGCGAAGGAUUGUACCCCAAAACGAAAAGUGUUCUGUGGAAAUUAGGCUUCAUUGAAACACCAGAAGAAGAUUGUGAAAUUCUAAAACGGGUGUGCAGACGUGUCUCUACAAGGGCAGCGCAUUUAGUUUCGGCGGCUGUUGCCACGUUGCUGAACAAAAUGCAAAGACCCGAAACGACGAUUGGCGUUGAUGGAUCUGUGUAUAGAUACCACCCAUUUUUCAAGCAGAUAAUGGAGGAGAAAAUCGCAGAUCUAACUGAUCCAAGAUAUAAAUUUAAACUUAUGUUGUCAGAAGAUGGAAGUGGGCGCGGCGCUGCUUUUGUUGCUGCUGCGGCAGUCAGAGAAAAACGCGAAAAGGACAGAAAAUUAUAA